AUGGGCUUUGAAGCGGGGCCAUCAAGGCAUUCUUAUCAAAAUCUUGGGGUACAUAUUGGGGAAUCAAGUGGCAUGAGAAAUGCUCAUGAAAAUUUUGAUCUUCCUAAUGAAACUCGCCAUUGUGAUAAUAAUGAUGACGAUGAUCCUUUCGGAGACGCACAUGGGCCAAAUGUUCGAAGCGACUCUGAACCCUCCGACCAUGGAGACGAUGAUGAUAGUGGUGAAGAGAACAAUGAUGAGAAUAUCGAAGCCGUUGAUGACGUUGUACAAACAAUAUCGCAGCCAGAAAUUCCAUCAACUUCCCAUGUUCAUGUCAGCAAUCCAUCAUUUGCAGAAACUCCUACUCAGUUUUAUGAUCCACCUUCGUUCUACUCUCUGUCAUUUCCUGAAAUCCCAGCCGAUUCCAUUGAUGUUCCGUCGGAAGAGAGUUUAAAGUUAUCGAAAGUACAAAAAGAACUUGGAAGGUUAUCUGCAAACACGACACUGAAGCAAGACCUUGCAGAUGGAGGCUAA